AUGUAUACUCAGUUAUCACCAUCAAACGAUAAUCUAAUACCAUUGUGGUCAUCGAAUGAGGGAGAAAAUGCAGAUGAGAACAACAAUAGUCUAACUUUAAACACAAAUAAUUAUCGUUUAAAAAAUGAUGAAUGGUUAAUAAGCGAUAUAAAUAAUGGUUUUAUUCGUUUAUAUGAUCCAAUUCUAUGUGGUAAUAACAAUUUUCAACGAUCAAAAUUAAUUCCGUGUACAAUCUGGACAACGGUUGAACAAAUUUGUUCUCGAUUAAAUCGUCAGUUGAAUAGUCAAACUUGGUAUGUUCAAUACAAUGGAGAUAGAUUAAAACAUUUAAACUCAUAUGAUAAACCAUUAUUUAUUCAAUAUGAAUAUUUAUUAUCUAUUGGCUUUAACAAUAUUAAACGAAUACAACAAGAAGGACAAAAACAUGAUCUAGGAUAUUUAAUAAGAUUUUUGACAGGUCGUCUAAUAUUUGAUGAAAAAUUACAAGAGAAUAAUCUAUCAACGUAUGUUUGGAUUCGAAAAGGAAAAUUUAGGCGAAAAUGGUUUAAACGAAAAUGUAUAAUAUCAAAUUGUCGACUCACAAUAUAUCCUGAUGCCAAUACAAAUCCAUUUGUUGUUGAACUAAAUCGUGCAAAUGUUGAAGAAGUUCGUUUAAAAGAAAAACCUUAUUGUUUAAAGUUGUCUGUAGAUGGUCAUGGAUCAUUGUAUAUGGCAUUAAAUAACGAUGAAGAAUAUAGCCAAUGGUUAAAACGAAUGCGGAAAACAACGAACAAAGUGAUAGAUAUAGCUGAUUAUUCGUCUAGUCAUCUAGAAUUAAUACCACAAAAUUUAUUUAUAAAUCAGGCAUUAUCUGUCUUAAAUCUUAGACAUAAUAAUUUAAGAUUAAGACAAACAGAAGAAUAUCAAUAUACUGUGGGCUGGUUAGACGAUAUAUGUCGUUUUCAAAAUUUGGUUAGUUUAAAUUUGGCUGAUAAUGAAUUAAAACAAUUUCCAUUAGUUAUUUGUGAUUUACAUCGAUUAGUUGAGCUUAAUUUAGCAAGUAAUCGAAUAACAACAAUUGCACCCGAAAUUGAAAAUUUACAAUGCUUGGAGUUACUUCAUCUACAAAAUAAUUGUAUUUAUGUGUUGCCAAUUGAAAUAGAAAACUUAAAACGUUUAAAAGAUAUUUCACUGGCAUUCAAUUAUUUUAAAGAGAUUCCAAUUUCAUUAGCAAAAUUAACCCAUAUUCGUUGUUCUCAUGUCACAUCAUUGUUUCUAGCCGGAAAUCAUAUUAAAAAAAUCACUUUACAAGCAAUAAAACAUCUUGAAUAUUGUCGUCAAAUUGAUUUUCGUAUGAAUUCGUUAAAAUUAAAUGAUAAUGAACAAUUAUUGAUGAAUAAUUUAUUCCAUUUGACUCAUCUUGAUUUAUCGAACAAUCAGAUAGUUAGCCUUGAUUUAAGAUCAUUGAUUGCAUUACAACAUAUACGAUGUUCAAGAAAUCAAAUGGAACAACUAACUCUCGCUGGACAUUCAUUAAGACGUAUUCAUGUAUCUCACAACAAAUUGAAAACCAUUCAAAUGAUUGUUAGUCCCACUCAUCUUAUUUAUCUUGAUAUCAGCUCAAAUCAUUUUCAUAGUUUACCAGAAUGGUUAAAUGACGAAACAGAAAUGUUAGAACGUCUUAUUGCUGAUCAUAAUCGUCUUGCUUUGCUACCAAAUAAAUUAUUUACUUCCAGUAAACAUUUACGUUAUGUUCGUCUUGAUCAUAAUUGUUUACUUUGUUUACCUGAUCGAAUAACAAAUUGUUGUAUUGAAACAUUACUAUUGCAUCAUAAUAGAAUUGAAGUAUUACCAAUUAAUAUGUUGAAACAUAUGCAAAGACUUCGUAUAUUGAAUUUAAGCAAUAAUCAAUUGUCCACAUUACCUUUUGCAAAUGAUAGAUCUGACUUAAAUAAGUUACAAGAACUUUAUUUGACAUGCAACGAUCUAAAAGAUGAUAUAUGUCAUACACUAUCUCGUUUUGAACGAUUAAAAAUAUUACAUUUAGCUUAUAAUCGUUUAGAAUAUCUUGAUGAAAGUGCCUUAUCUAAACUGAUAUCAUUAACUGAAUUAAAUUUAUCCGGUAAUUUAUUAAAAUUAUUACCCAUGGAAGCAUUAAAUAAAAUGGAAAAUUUAGAAAUAUUAUGUGCUCAUUCCAAUAAAUUAGAAAUUCUACCGGAUUUUAGAAAAUUAAAUUUAUUAAAAGUACUUGAUCUCAGUUUCAAUCAAAUCAAAAUUAAUACAAUCGAAAAUUUAUUUCCAUCAUCGUUAACUGUAUUGGAUUUAGCUUGUAAUAAAGAAAUUAAUAUUGAAAAACAAAGUCUUGAAAAUUUAAGCGAUAAAAUCGUUUCACUCGUCAAUGUUUCAUCAUCGCCACUUAUAUUAAAUAAUAAUUUUGGCUAUUUACCGUGGUCUGUUGGAUUUGCACAAAGUUCCGGUAUUCGAUAUAGACUUUCAAUAACAACAGUGAACGAAACAAAUUUUCAUUAUUCAUCACAUGAAGCAUUAUUUGCCAUGUUUGAUGGUGGUCAUAAUAAUGAAGUACCAUUAAUUUUACAGAAUAAAUUACCAGAUGUCUUACAUAGUGAAUAUGAACAAUGUGAACAAGCAAAUAUUUAUUUAAAACAUACGUUUCUCACAUUACAAAAACGCUUGAAAACAACUGGUCAACGUUUGGGUGCUGCAGCAACAGUUAUCCAUAUUCGUCCAUUAUCUUCUCAUUUAACAAAUGAACAAGCGAACAUCAACAACAAUAAUAAUAAUAAUAAUAAUAAUAGUAAUUAUUCAUCAACAACAACUACUUCAACUGUUUCUUCUUCUUCCUCGUCAAAUGAUUAUCGUUUCGAAUUAAAUGUGGCUAAUGUUGGUCAUUGUGAAGCGGUUUUAUGUCGUUCGGGUGUCGUACAUCCGUUAACUCGACGUUUUACAUUACCAAAUGAUCAAAAAGAAUGUAAAAGAAUUCGUAAAACAAACACAAUUAUUAAUGACGAUAAUUUAAUAAAUGCAGUUACAACACAAAGUCGAAUGCUCGGUUGUACAUUUUUAUAUCCUGCAAUUAUACCCAAUCCAAAUAUAUCAUCAUUUGUAUUAGGAAAAACGGAUGAAUUUUUUAUUAUAGCAAAUAAUUUAUUAUGGCAGGUCAGUUUAAACCACUUAUCACAUGAUGAAGCUGUACGAGAAAUUCGUCAAAUUUCAAAUCCAAUAUUAGCAUCAAAACAUUUGGUAGAUUUAGCACAAAGUUACGGUGCAAAAGAGAAUUUAGCUGCUUUAGUUGUACGCUUUCAUUUCGAUAAACAACAACAACAACAAAUUCAGAAACCAUUAUUAUCAUCACCCAUAGUUCUUUUUGAUCAUUUACAACAACGAGAACGACGAACAUAUUCAGCAAGUUCAAGUGAUCAUUCAUCAAAAACACAACAAUUACCACAAUAUGCACAAAAUAUUCAUGAACAACCUCCACUUGUAUUACCCAGUUCCACUCUCUUUGAAACAGUUGGUUAUCUAAGUGUUAAUGAAAUAACAGACGAUGAAGGUGAUGAAAAAUCUUUAAUAAAUAAAUAUUUUUAUGCUGAUUCAACAAAAGAUGAUCAAACAACUACUACAAUUUCAUCGACAGAUGCUCCAACAUCCGGAAAUGAUUCAAUUCGUACUCGUCAUUUACAUACUAAAGAUCAUGCAAUGACAAAUAUUGGUCAAUUAAUUACAUCAUCAUUAUGUGAAACUCGAUUUCCUACUAUGAUGGAAACAGAGAGUGAUGAAGAAAAAAGUAAACAUCAUUAUCGAAAUAAUCAUUAUUUUCAUUUUCAAUCCAAUCAAAAUUUUAAUUUUCCCGCAUUAAAUCAACCUCAAACAAUUAGAACUGUACCCAGUGAAUUAACAAUUGUUAGUGAAAUAAUUUCACCUUCACCACCACCAGUAUUAUCAAGAACAAGGAAAAUUAAAAAUCCAUCUAUUAUUGAUAGUGGUGUUACACGAAGUGGUCGAUAUCGAAAGAAAAUAACAGGACCCAUACGUCCUCCACUUGGCUAUUCAAAACCACCACCCGAUCUCAGUAGUGAUGAUGAUUGUAACGAUGAUGAAAUUGAUUAUUCACCAGUAUUUACUCCAGGACAACGUCCUGUUGAUGUAGGCCCACAAAAUGAGAUAAAUGAAUCAAUUGAAUUUGAACCAAAUGAAAAAUAUCGUCAAUAUGUUGUACAAAAUCAUCGAUUACGAUCAUUUGAUCGAAAUUCAACAUUAUUUGAUUUAUCAUUAUUAGAAAAUAUUCCAAGUGAUAAUGAUACUGAUGAUGAAGAUGAUACUUAUUCAGUAUUAAUCGAUCCAUUAAGUUUAAGUUAUUCAUCAUCUACCAAUAAUUGUAACAAUGAGAAUCAACUUCGAAAUUGUUAUCCAUCUUUAUCUUCUACAACAUGUUCAAAUAUUAAUAGUACAAUAACAACAUCGACAGGAACAGAGACAACGAAUAAUAAAAUAACGCGAUUAUAA